AUGAUUCUCGGUCUCGGUGAUGGUACGUUUGCCAUCCUAUUUUUCAUCAUUCUUGGUAUAGUUGGGACGUUAUUUGGGUCGUACGUAUGCCCCCGGCUGGUGCUGCCUAUCGGCCUCGCGUGUGCCGCCAUGCCUUUUAUUGCAUAUGGCUGCAUUAUAUCGUCGCCGCACGACCCCGUACCUGCGCCGCUGCCACAGACGUCUUACAACAGGGAGCGGCCGUUUCCUACAAAUCCUGAUGAGGCGGUUGUUGUGGAUUAUUUGUUUCCUGUCCGUGUCGUACUAAUGGUACUUACAUGUGGUUCCCUUCUUGCGGCUGCUGGUUAUUACGUGGUUCGGGUGGUAGUUCUGGAACCGCCGUUCAAGGCUCCGCGUGUUCAGUGCCUACGAGAACAACUGGAGGAGGAGCACCCAACAUGGUAUCGCUAA